ACCACUUUUAUUAAUAGUAUCUCUUGCCAUUAUUAUAAAGUCCAAAACUCCUAUAUAUACUCAGUCCCUCCACGUUUGAUCCCAUAUCAGUAUCACGAUUCUCACCAAAAAAAAUCAGAUACUCAAAACUGAAUUAACCAACCCCCAAACUUUCAAAGUCUAGGCUCCACAAAACAAAAACAAAUUAAAAUUAAAAUGGAUACUACAUCAGACUCCAAAUAUUCUAUAAUCUCAAUCUUAUCCAUACUCACUUUAUUAUUCUCUCUCCACGCAGCUCACGGAGACGAUGGGGGUUGGCAAGGUGGUCACGCCACGUUCUACGGUGGCGCCGACGCUUCCGGCACAAUGGGCGGAGCUUGUGGCUAUGGUAAUCUGUAUAGCCAAGAUUACGGGACCAAUACGGCGGCUCUUAGCACGGCUUUAUUCAACAACGGACUCACGUGCGGUGCGUGCUACGAGAUGAAGUGCAACGAUGACCCAAGAUGGUGUCUAGGUUCUACUAUCACCGUCACAGCUACUAACUUUUGUCCACCGAACCUUGGCCUCUCCAACGAUAAUGGUGGAUGGUGCAAUCCUCCUCUUCAGCAUUUUGACCUUGCCGAACCAGCUUUUCUCAAAAUUGCUCAGUACCGAGCAGGCAUUGUCCCCGUCUCUUUUCGAAGAGUACCGUGUAUGAAAAAAGGAGGGAUAAGAUUUACGAUCAACGGACACUCAUACUUCAACCUAGUUCUGAUCUCGAACGUAGGAGGAUCAGGAGACGUCCACGCGGUCUCGAUAAGAGGCUCAAAGACAGGGUCGUGGCAAGCUAUGUCUAGGAACUGGGGACAGAACUGGCAGAGCAACUCUUACCUCAACGACCAAAGCCUCUCGUUCCAGGUCACUACCAGCGAUGGUCGCACCGUCAUUAGCAAUGACGUGGCUCCUUCAAAUUGGCAGUUUGGACAAACCUACCAAGGCGGUCAAUUCUAAACCUUUUUCUGUGCUCACGUGGCUGCAUAUUGUUGAGGUGGCUCCGUAAACACACCCACCAAGUCUUUUGUCAAAAAAAAAAUCACACCCGCCAUAGCUUAGCUUUUUUUUUUUCUCUUUUUUUUUUACGAACUGUUGGUUUACUGAUUGCCUACAAAGAGCAAAGGUUUUUCAUUUGCUUUUACAUCUUUUAUUGAAUUUAGCCUUUUGGCAUACUUUGUUUUUCCUUGUAAUCCAAAAUCUCUUAGCCUUUUAGUAAAAUUAUCAUCAUAAAUAUGUUGCAAUC